GCCCGAGGAGCGGGGCUCGCGCCCCAGUGACGGAAAUCGUUGUCGAGGUCGUUGUGGGCGACUGACGCCGCCUGACUGGCAUCUUGAAGCGCAACCGAGCCCACCGCGUAGCAGACAUGGAGGUCGAGCCUGAGUCCGAGCCGGAGCCCGUCACGCUGCUGGUGAAGAGCCCUAACCAGCGCCACCGCGACUUGGAGUUGAGCGGCGACCGCAGCUGGAGCGUGGGCCACCUCAAGGCCCAUCUGAGCCGCGUCUACCCCGAGCGCCCGCGUCCAGAGGACCAGAGGUUAAUUUAUUCUGGGAAGCUGUUGCUGGAUCACCAGUCUCUCAGGGACUUGCUUCCAAAGGAGGAAAAACGGCAUGUUUUGCAUCUGGUAUGCAAUGUGAAGAGUCCUUCAAAAAUGCCAGAAACCAACACAAAGGUUGUGGAGUCCACAGAGCAGCCCACUGGUCUUAAUCAGGGACAGUAUCCGGGAGAUUCCUCAAGUGAUGGUGUGAGGCAAAGGGAGGUUCUUCGGAACCUUUCUCCCUCUGGGUGGGAGAAUGUCUCGAGGCCUGAUGCUGUUCAGCCAGCAUUCCAAGGCCUGGGGCCUGGUUUCUCUGGCUACACGACCUAUGGGUGGCUGCAGCUCUCCUGGUUCCAGCAGAUCUACGCACGGCAGUACUACAUGCAAUAUUUGGCAGCCACUGCUGCAUCUGGGGCUUUUGUUCCCCCACCAAGUACACAAGAGAUACCUGUGGUUUCUGCGCCUGCUCCAGCCCCUAUUCACAACCAGUUUCCAGCUGAAAACCAGCCAGCCAAUCAGAAUGCUGCUCCUCAGGUGGUGGUUAAUCCUGGGGCCAAUCAAAAUUUGCGGAUGAAUGCACAAGGUGGCCCUAUUGUGGAAGAAGAUGAUGAAAUAAAUCGAGAUUGGUUGGAUUGGACCUAUUCAGCAGCCACAUUUUCCGUUUUUCUCAGUAUCCUCUACUUCUACUCCUCCCUGAGCAGAUUCCUCAUGGUCAUGGGGGCCACUGUCGUUAUGUACCUGUAAGCACCUGAUUUUGUUUCCCUUUUUCUCCUUUACUUACAAGUGAUACUUCAUGGUGAUUCAAACCAGCUAUAGAUUCUGCUCUUUUUUGAGCAGUCUUAGUCAUUAUUGAAGGAGGUGUAUUUAAAUAGUCUGUCACCUUGGUACUUUUGAUGCAAGGAAUUGACGAUUUGGUUGUGCAUUGCCAGAAACACAUGAAUUGUGUGUUGAUACAAGAGCAGCAUUCUCUUCUUUUCUUCCAGAUAAGGUACCUGCCAGGCUCAUGAACUACAGUAAUACUGUAGGCAUGGAAAGGAAAAUUAUAUUUGUUUUGAAUAAGAACAUACUGGUAUUCGUCAGGCAGAGAUGCCUUCCCUGGUAAAGGUCAGGCACGGACUGUCAGCGUAGCCCUGACAGGCCAGGGAACCUUUACAGUCCUGACAUUAGGCUUUAUCCAUGGCUUACAUAAGUGAUUCUCAACCAGGAUGAUUUUUUAUGCCUCUAUCCCCACCACUGACAUUAGGCUUUAUCCAUGGCUUACAUAAGUGAUUCUCAACUAGGAUGAUUUUUUUAUGCCUCUAUCCCCACCACUGAGACACCGGGCAAUGUUGAGACAUUUUUGGCUAUUAUAGCUAGGAGGGUGGUCCCAGUGGCAUUUAGUGGGUAGAGGCCAGAUGUGGCUCAACGCCCUACAGUGCACAGUACGGUCCCCACUGUAAAUACCCAGCCCAGUGUGUCAGGAGAGCCAGAGCUGAGAAGCCCUGGCCUGGAGUCAUGUAGCCUUACUUGUAGCUAAAACUGACAGAAGAAAUAUUUAUAAUGAAAAUGGAUUUUUAUUUUAGUUUUGAAAAAUAUUUACAUGAGGAGAAAUACUUAGAAUAAUAUAAUAAAUACUUGUAUAUCCAGAAUUAAUCAUUGUUAAU